GAGUUUGGCUGCUGUGUGCGGCUGUGUUAGCUCCGUGCGUCUUUAGUGUCUGUGUGAGUGCUUUAGCGGAGCCUUAAAGCGGACAGAGCACACUGAAACAUGGCACAAGUGAAGCUGAAGGAGGAGCCAGAGCUGUGGGAGCCAAAGGAGCCGGACAACAAUGCGGAUGCUGAGAGCCCAGGAGACAAAGACCAGGGUGUCCAGACUCCAAGUGCUAUGUCUCUACUCUGUGUUAAAGAAGAAGCUGAAGAGGUGACCAUCAAACAGGACACGUUGGACUGUCCGUACCUCCAUGUGAUCGUGAAGAGCGAAGAUGAGGAAGAGGCAGAGGAAGAGUCGUAUCUCCAUGUAGCUGUAAAAGAGGAGAGCAGAGAGGAACAUUCAAACUCGGAGAAGGGAGGACAGUGUGAGAGCUCCUCAGACACUGACGACUCUGAGGACUGGAUGCCUGAAAGUACUUCGCAGUUGGAGAGUAGUGCCACCGAGGCCAGCAGUAGAGCUAAGCAGCACAAAUGCUCUGAAUGUGGGAAAGUGUUCCAGCACGUAGCCAGUUUAAGGCGCCACUUGCUGCAGCACACGGGAGCGCGGCCAUUUAAAUGUCCGUUCUGUGAAAAGGAGUUCAAACAGUCAGGUCAUUUAAAAAUCCACCUACGAGUCCACACUGGUGAGAAACCAUUCAGCUGUUCGAUAUGUGGAAAGACGUUUGCAGAGAAGCGCACACUGAAAUCUCACAUCAGAGUGCACACAGGAGAAAAACCUUAUAGCUGUUCAGUGUGUAACAAACGCUUCACUCAAAACACGCUCAAGAUCCACAUGAGGACACACACCGGGGAGAGACCUUUUAGCUGUUCAGAGUGUGGGAAAACCUUCACUCUGUUCAAAGUACUACGGGAGCACCUUGUCGUUCACACAAAAGAGAAACCUUUUGUGUGUUCAGUUUGUGAGAAAACAUUCAGUCGACAAAGUCACCUAAGCUCACACAUGUCAACACACUCUGGGGACAGACCUUUUAGCUGCACAGUUUGUGAGAAAUCCUUUUCAAAACAAAGUAACCUGAAGGGUCACAUGUUGACUCACUCAGGAGAGAAACCAUUCAGCUGUUCAAUUUGUGAGAAAACGUUUUCACGUCAACCAAAUCUCACCAGACACAUGUUGGUCCACACAGGAGAGAGACCUUUCAGCUGUUCAGAGUGUGAGAAAACCUUUGUGAGGCAGAAUCUUCUCAACAAGCACCUGAUGGUCCAUAAAGGCAAGGGAGCGGAGGUUAAAGGAGAGAGUGGACCCUAAAUGUGCUGGAGAUCAUGGGGUCCGAGCAGAUCCUAAAUGUGAUGGAGAUCACAGGGUCAAAGACUAGAGUGGACUCUAAAUGUGCUGGAGCUCAUGGGGUCAUAGUGGAUCCUAAAUGUGACAGAGAUCAAUGAAACCUUAUUUUGUAUGUAAUGACUUAAUGUUUAUAUGUAUCAUUUUUAAAACAGUGCAUUGUGACAGUUGUUAAUCACACAUUAUGCUUAGAGGGAUAACUAUCACAUAAUAAAAAUUUUAAAAAUGAAUUUCAUACUAAAGAUGACGUGCAUUUAAUCUCCAGAAUAACAGCUUCAGAUCUAAGCCCCAAACAGAUCAACUCUGUAUUAGCUAAGCACCCCAUAUCUGUAUGAAAGGCCUGUGCUCCCACUGUAGAUUAAACUGUGACCUCAUCAUUUGACCUCAAACAAGGGUUUGAGUUUCAUUUUGUGUGUAUUUUAUCUGAAGUACAUCAUAAUUGUACUUUAUGUUCACUCAAUGUAUGGAUGGAUGUGUGUGUGUGUGUGUGUGUGUGUGUGUAUGAGUGUUGGUUGGAUGGCAGAGAUUAGUAGCCUCGCUUCCAUCAGUCUAUCACAGGGCAGCUGUUUCUAUUUUAGUAACAUCACCACCACACUCACUGGUGAUGUUACUAAAUUAAAAUGAGGAAUGCUGUGAAGUGUUUUAGAAGUCAUAAAGGGCACUGUAUAAAUCCACUGAUUCAUUAAUACUGAUAAGUAGUAAUAUUAUUAAUAUUAGAAACAGGUCCAGUGACUUCCUGUUAAAAACUCCAGAUGUGAGAAGCCCCACCUCUUCACAGUGACAUCACAGAUGUACAUGUUUUUAUAGCUUUAAAAGUUCUUCCAUGAAAUCUCACAGCUGGUGGUUUAGUCUGAAUAAUUCUAGGCCAUUUAAAACCUAAACCUGAAGUCAACCCAAAGAAAGUGUGGGGCUCAAAUCUACCGAUUCUAGGGGAAGUCCUUGAAAAAGUUGCUUACCAACAGCUUAAUAACUUGAUCCAAAUGAAUAAGUCCUUUUUUGUUUUUUUCCAUUCAGGUUUUAGACCCCACCACAGCACUGAGACUGCUCUUAUCAAGGUGACAAAUGACAUCCGCCUGAACACUGAUGCAGGCAAAGUCUCAGUCUUGAUCCUGUUAGAUGUGAGUGCUGCCUUUGACACUGUGGAUCAUGGGAUCCUCUUACAGAGACUGGAGGACUGGGUGGGCAUCUCUGGUACGGCACUAAACUUGUUCAAGUCCUAUCUAGAAAACAGGGAGUACUUUGUUGAAAUUGGAAUAUGUGUCUCAGAU